UAAAAGAGCUAUUUAUGGAAUUUCUAAAUAUUCUCAUUUAUGUCUUGUACUUGCUGAGCAAGGAUAUUCUUUAGUAUUAAAAGUUUGACACAGAUACACAAGAGACGAAAACACACAAAGACUUUAGGGUUCAACAAUGUCACAGCUUAUAAUCAGCCGAGUCUUCAAACCCUCUAUCUCCAAAAACUUCCUCAGACACACAAACAUCGUUCGUAUGUUCUCAUCUACAACUUCUCGCACAAGCGGGUUGGAUUCGGAUGAGACCGAGACUAAAGUGACUCGACCCUUCUCGUCUGAACCAGCCUACCCGUUUCUAUUGAUUGACUACAUCACUAACAUCCCAAACUCUACUCCGGAUGGUCGCGUAUUAAUAUACGACGAUUCCUCAAAGGGAAAGGCAAAACAAGUCGCUAUUCAGGACGAGAAACUCGAAGAGGAGGUCAUUGAUGCAAUGACUGUCGGAUUUUCACGUGAUGGAUUAGGAUUCGAUAUUUCACCGUACAACGAUAAACCUGUCAUCUCUUAUGAACCAUCCAACCCUAAACUAGAAGACAUGACCGUUCAUUUACCUUCUCUACCUACCGGUAAAAAAAUCCAAAACCUGGCCAUGUCCUCUUUACCUGUCCGAGAUAAAGAUUGGGUCGUGGGUGUCAAGUUAUCGGGAUAUGGGUUGAGUCUCUGCAGGCCUUUUGGAAACUCUAAAUGGAUCAACAUCAACACCAUGUCUCAGUGUAUAAACCCUUUAUCGAGCCUCAUGUUUUCCAAGACAGAUCAAAGGUUUUACAUUCCAAGUCUCGGAGGCAACUUCUUGUGCUACUUGGGUCUCAACUCUAAGGAGAAUGACGAGCCCAAGUCCAUCGACUUGGAAUUUGACAAACUUCCAAAGUCUGUGUUUCAGGAGUUGGCGGACGUGAGUUCAUGUUCCAGGACAGACCACCUUGUGGAGUCACCCACCGGCCAACUUUUCCUCGUCAAGUGGUACGUCGAGGACGUGGAGGACCAUGAAGACGAUACACUCAUGCACGUAACAAAAAAGUUCAUGGUGUUUAGAGCAAGUGAGUCUUCUGACGAAUAUGAGAAGACAAUGAUCUACACAGAAGACAUUGGAGAUCUUUGCAUUUUUCUUGGACAUAGUGAGCCUUUCUGCAUCCCGGCUAGUACGUCCCGUGGACUCAAGCCUAACUGCAUCUAUUUUGUUGGGGAUAACUUUGGUGUUUAUGAUCUAACCACCGAAACUUGCUCUACCUUCUACACUGGUUUAAGGCCAGUGAAGAACGUGAGUUUCCCUUACUGGCCUCCUCCAACCCCUCUCUAUUAGCUCCUUAUUAAUUCACAUGGCUCUUUCACGUGUGUUUGCUUUAAUUUCCCAUGCUAUCAUUGAAAUCCUAUGUGUCUCUUUCUAUAUAUAUUUUUCUUCGAUUGCAAUAUAUGUGUUUCUUCGAUUUCAAUUUUUUUUAUCUUUCCGAUUUGCCACUGCAUACGGGUACGAGAGAGAUAUUAUUGAAAGCCUAGAAGGCUAGAAACAAAAGCAGUGGUUUUAACUUUAAACUUGAAAGGAAAAAAAAAACGAAAGCAGUAUUUUCUAAUUAAUCUAGUGUUUGUGAAUUCCUUAAGAUAGAUCUCUAUAUUUUCAUUGAUAGAAUUGUGUUAUUUAGUACACCAAAACUGAAGACCCU